UACUUGUUGUAUGUGUUAGGUUCACGUAGGGGGUUUUGAUAAGAGUUUUAAGAUAAAACGCUAUGUCAAAUUUCGAAGGUUACCACUGAUCGUCUGCGGUCCUUAUAAGCGCUGCGUACUAAUGACGAGACGUCCGUGGUUAGCUUGCUUGCUGUCAUACUUGGUGACGGCCAGUAGUUGGUUAACUAGCCCAACAUGCUGGGACAGAACAAACUGGCACGUUAGACUCCAGUAGCUCGCAGCUGGCUUAAGGUGCGGCUCGUAUCGCUGCCCUUUGGGUGUCGGCGCUUUCUCGGCCGACUCACGGUUAACUUGACCACAGCUGUAUUACGAUAAUGGAGAAAGACAAGAAUGAAGAUACAGGUAAGGCAGGAGCUCCGACUGCACCGAAUCCUCAGGCCCCGGCAGCAGCUGCGCAGCGGUGUCCCGGGGGCAUGAUGCCUGCCCCCCCCCUUGACAUUGUGAGCCUGCUGCCCAAGUCUGUGAAGAGACGAGUCAAUGCGCUAAAGCAGCUGCAGGUCCAGGGGGCCCACCUGGAGGCCAAAUUCUACAAGGAGGUCCAUGAGUUGGAGAGGAAGUAUGCUGCUCUCUACCAGCCUCAUUUUGACAAGAGAUACAACAUAGUGACUGGAGCUGUGGAACCUACAGAUGAGGAGUGUGAGUGGCACAGUGACCAUGAGGAUGAAGAGGCUUUGGCUGAUGACCGGAGUAAGAAGGCCACUGUGGAGGCUGCUCUGCAGCAGGAGGCGGCCCCCGCAGAGGCGGCGGCCCCCGCAGAGGCGGCGGCCCCGGCAGAAGCGGGCCCCGCAGAGGAGGCCCCCGCAGAGGAGGGCCCCAAAGGCGUCCCGGAGUUCUGGCUCACCAUCUUCAAGAACGUUGACAUGCUUAGUGACAUGCUACAGGAACAUGAUGAGCCGAUCCUGAGAUACUUACAAGACAUCAAAGUGAAAUUUUCUGACCCUGACCAGCCUAUGAGCUUCACAUUGGAGUUUCACUUUGAGCCAAACAACUUCUUUAAAAACGAGGUCCUCACAAAGGUUUACAGAAUGAAGUCCGAACCAGAUCCUGAAGAUCCCUUCUCCUUUGAGGGUCCAGAGAUUGUGGACUGUGAGGGCUGUGAAAUUGAUUGGCAUAAAGGCAAAGACGUGACCGUAAAAACCAUAAAGAAGAAACAGAAACACAAAGGGAGGGGCACGGUGCGGACCAUCACCAAGCAAGUACCCAGCGACUCCUUCUUCAACUUCUUCAACCCCAUCAAAGUUUCAUCAGAUGGAGAGAUGGAUGAGGAUUCCGAGUUAAUUUUAGCAACAGACUUUGAGAUUGGCCACUUCUUCCGUGAAAGGAUAGUCCCUCAUGCGGUGCUCUACUUCACUGGGGAGGCCCUGGAGGAUGAUGAGAGCUAUGAAGAGGAGGAACUUGAGGAAGGGGAGGAGGAGCAGGAUCAUGAAGAAGAUGAAGAUGAUGAGGGAGAUGACCCCAAGGCGUAAUUGUCACUCCAUGCAUUCUAUAGGUCAAGAAAGAAGAGAAGCAGCCCGCAGGCUAUAAGCAGCAGUAGCGUGGAGGUCUAUCUGAGGUUCCUCGUCAGUCCAGCCCAUCCUCCACCCCAGAAGUCAGCGGAUUCAUUUCCCACCUCCCUUCAUCCCACUCCAGCUGCAAACACAAGAGACCAAAUGUUCAGAUGCAUGACUUUUCACUCUGUGCUGCCCCUGACCCAUCCAAAGGAGAGAGUUUGCCUGAAAAUAGUGACACGACACUGUAAAUAAAAUGGCCUAUGGGUUAGACAACUGUGGAUCUGCUGCCUGUGCUGAGGGUCGCUGCUUUCAGACCAAACUGGAAGUUCCUGGGCAGAUGAUCUCCUAUGUGUGAAGCCCUGCACCUGAAGUAACAUGAGCUCAUCCAAUAUUUCAGUGGUAUAGCAGCUUACUCAGGGUAUUUUAUGCCAAUAAACGUGUGAAAGUUUAGCACCAGACUGAUGAGGACUUAACGGUAUGAUUCCAGUGGCUUCAUUUUCUUUCUCUGUUGAAUGGAAUCUCUUAAAUGUUUUCAUAUUAAGAAGAUAUUUAUUAGUGUGUUUCUGGAAAUGCAUAUGCUGAUGAUAUGCAGCAUGGAGGUGGGUGACUGCCUACUGCAUAGCAGGUGUCUGCUCCGUGUCCUCCACACCAAUGCUGUUUGCUUACACAAGCGCUUGCGAAUAAAUUUUAGGUUUGAUGCCAAAUGUAUUUUUUGUGGAUUUAAAAAAAAAAAAAAACCCUUUGCCGUACCUUUUUUUUUUUUUUUAUUGUUCCUGACAUGGUGAUGCAGUCCUAACAAACCAAGGUGCGGCAUCAUUUUUGUUGGAAUUGAGCAAUAUGUAGUUCUGGCCUGUUACUCACACUGCCUGUACACUUUGUGUACCAUCAGAACGCUGUCUUUAUCCUAGUUACCGAUUUGAAAGGCUGCUUGCUGUGUCACCGAAGGGGUGGAGGAGAAAGGACGGGGUUUUAGAAAUUUUAGAGAUUUUGAUGUUUAAUACGUUGCAGAUGUUUGUUCUUUCCCAUAAUGAGUAUGUCUAUUCAACAACCACACAAUGCAUUAAACACAAUGAUUUACAGUGAGACAAACCUUGUUUGUCAUAGCAGACACCCCUGUCAAUGUCGGCUGUAGCAUUUGAACUUCUGUGGACAGUGCUCGCUCUGACCUUCUCAGUUUAUUCAGUUUGAUCUUUUAAAUUUAUACAGAACAGAAUAUUCUAUUAAAAGUUGUGAUCUUAAA